CCGGUCCACAGUCAACCCCCCGCCUUUGUUUUCUCUCUUCAGACACGAAACCCAGUAUUCCAAUUAAUCUUCCCACACCCACCUGCACCACUGCCACGUCAAAAGACCAAACUGCCCCUCUCGCGGCGGUUCUCCCAGCAAAGCCACCAGACCUUACACGCCCCUUUCGCUGUUCCAUCAUCUCUUCUCCGCAACGUUUAAUCCUCUCUCGGAGACUCCACAAUUUCGCAAUCGCAAUCGGCGAUUAUGCCGAUUCGGAAUCAGCUGGAUUUCAGGGUUCCGAUCAAAUUCCUCGCCUUCUGCGUCUUCCUCAGCUGCUUUCCAGGAUGCAUAUUAUCGGCGACUGUGACGCUCGAUUCGAUAGAGAUAUACAACACGCACGAGCUGCUGAAACAGCCGACGGUUUAUUUCAAAUGCCAACACGACCAGAACAAGACGGUGUUGCCGGACGUCAAGGACAAGAAGGUCUUGUAUAAAUUCAACGGCCAAGAGUCUUGGCAGCCUUUGACAGAGCUCAAUGAUAAGAAGUGUAAGCGGUGUGGAUUUUAUGAGGAGGAUGCCAUCAAAUCAGACGACGUAUUUGAGGAGUGGGAGUUGUGUCCAUCUGAUUUCGGUGGUCAUGAUGGAAAAUUCCGGCGAGUCACAAAAGAUGAAUUCAAUGCAACGUUUUUGUGUCCGAAGUGCGACACUAGUGGAUCCAAAUCCAAUAGUAAGUCUCAUGGAGAAUCAAAGGGAAAUGGAAUCCCUAUCGCUCUAGUUCUAUUAAUUGUUCUUGUUGUGUUAGCAGUGUGUAUGACUGGAGUAGUAGCUGGAUACAAGCACUGGCAAAAGAAAAAGCGACAACAGGAACAGGCUCGGUUCUUAAAGCUGUUUGAAGAUGGUGAUGAUAUUGAGGAUGAAUUAGGGCUUGAUCAUGUAAUUUGAUAUUGACUAGUUACAUUAACUUGAGUACAUUACAGUAAGUUGAUCGUACACAAAUUUUGCUCUUGUGAAGAAAGAAAGA